AUGGAAGGACCCAAUACCUAUAAUAUUGCCGCACCGCAGGCGCCAGACGAGAUUCAAGCAGGUCACUGGCAGCCCGCACUGCGCCCCAAUGAUCCACCCGGAACGCAGAUCUCACAACCCGUGCAGCCCACGCAAGGCGCUGAAGCCCUCGCUGGGUCAAGAGAGGGCUCUGUAGAACGUUUGGACACGCACUGGAGUCAAGAAGCCGCUGCACCACAACAGCUGAGUGCUGCAGAGGACCUGCAGACGAGCUCUCCUGAUCCAACCCAAGCAACAGGAUUGCACCGUGCAGUGACACAAACCGUGUCGCAUACCCAACAGGACAUCUCCGCACAAGAGCCGGAGGAACUUGAGGAUGACGGUGACGACGAGCGAUUAGAUCCUGCUUGGAGCAUCAAACGCAUGAAUACUGCCCAGAUACUCAGCUCGGUGAAUCGGACGGCGUCGUUUCCCACAUUCACCUCUAUCGAUCGGUCCGAGGCACACCCGCCUGCCGCGGAGCAGCCGGAGAAUCAAAAGACAUCUGUGCAGGAAUCAGAGCAACUCUACAAUCACGAACAAGCCGAUGGUUCAAGGCCAUUGGUGCAGUCCAAACCGGAAUUUAAUUGGGAUCAGGAAGCCGAUCCUGAAGCAGAACACUACCUACGUCGUUCCGAUGUGACACCGCCUCAAGCCCAUAUUCAUGAUCCAGAAGAGUCCAGGUUCGAGGAGGGCCUUCCUCUGGUGCAGGCUGUGGACGAAAGUGAGGAGCAGCCCGCCGCUGUAGAAGACUCGACACAGCUUAAUGGGUUCGAGACGUCAAGUGAUGAUCACCAGGAUUCAUCGUUUUUUUCUGGCUUGAAUGAAUCGCACCAAACUUUCCCACCAGAGCUGACCCGAAAGUCUACUUCUGCAGUGCUUGGAGCUCUCAACAUGACAGAAGAGCCGCAUCACGAAUUGGACGAAGACCACACCUUUUUCAGCAGCCUCCAAUCUGAGCAAACCGAAGCGCCUGCUGUAGUCCCGAAAGACGAUGCAGCAAGACCCGCCGAGCCGGCCUCUGACAAAGCGGCCUCUGGCGUAGACGACAUAUGGAAUGCCAUGGCCGAGGACGAUGAGUUUCUUGUGGAAGACCCGGACGAUCUGCUGCCAGAUUCGGAGCCAUCAUCUCCCUCAUCAUUCACAGCGGCUCUCAAGCAGGACAGCAAUUCGAUUCCAGAUCACGCUUCUCCGCAAAGCGCUGUCCCUCAACGACCCUUACCUCCUCGCCAAUCAUCAAACCCUUACGCUCCCCAUCAGCCGUCCACAGCGGAGUUAUCGGAGGUGCCGCCAAUGCCCCCUGGUAUUGGGUCAAUCCGCCCGGGAUCUAGCCAGUUUAACUCUUUCCAGUCGCAUCAGCAGCACCCGCGACCAGCCAUGCCUCAGCCAGCCCAAAGCUUUGUCGAUCAGAAGAGCGGCUAUCAAAGCCCGUACGACUUGCCUAUGGAACUCAGUAAACCGAAAAAAAGGCCAGCAGUCCUUCAACAGGUUUCGUCUACCAGGGGCAUCCCACCCCCUCCCCGCAGCAGCAGCAUUACCGAAAAGCCUGCGCAAUCACCCUUCGGUUUUGGUGCGGCUAACAGCGCACAGCCUUCGCCGGCCUAUCCUCCACGAGACAUGUCAGGUUCCGUGCCCCCUUCGAGUGGUCCGGCUGCAAAACGUAGCUCUAGUUUCUUCGAAGAGUUGCCAAUCUCGUCAAAACCACGGGCAGGCUCAGGCGGCGGUAGGUACACACCACAACAAGGCGCACCUUCGAUAGCACCACCUCCCAUGGCGAGUCCGCCCCAUGCAGCCCCCAUGCAGCCUCAGAUACAACCGGUUCGUGCUCAAUCGUCGGACCCACUUGCUCAAUUUCAACUUCGAGCGCCGGCUCCGAUAGAUCCAUUCCCUAACACAACGUUUGUCCCGGGUCCGGCUCCAGCACUAGUACCAUCACCUGCUGCUGCUAGUCGCUACUCGCCCGCACCUCCUUCUCUAGCUGCGCCUCGAACCGGCCCUUCACCUCGAUACUCUCCCGCUCCACCCCCUCAGGCAGCAGCACCGCCCACCGUCAAUCGUUAUGCAUCUCAACCAUCGGUGCCUCAGCUACCUCAGCAGCCCACACAUACCAAUCGGCAUAGCUCACAACCCACGUCUGCUCCAUCGCCCCCAGUCGCUCCCCUUCCUUUCCAGCCUCGGACGUCAAGUCCACUAGUUCACCAUAAGUCCUCCGUUGAUGAAUCUCAACAACGGGAUUAUGCGGCACCCUCACAGCCUGUUCCACCUCAUGGGCUCCGUUACGGAGCCAAUGGUAUAGCUUCGCCUCCGGCGAACGUGCAGUCUGCUCAAACACCUGCUCAUGAUAUCUACUCCUCACCACCAAAGGCAGAGCCACCUCUGCAGCCACCAAAACGAUCUCAAACCCAAUCUCCAAGUAAACAGCGCCCUCAAGCAACGCCACCAAUGUCUCAACGGCACAGCGGAUACCGUCCGGCCUCUGCUCAUGGCAGUGUGGCACCAAUGAGACCACUUGCGCAGGUUGAGAGCGCUCCUUUCACGAGAGCGCAUGCCCAAGGACCGUCCUUUGUGGAGCAGGUCGAUUUUGUUCAGCCUACGGAUGAGUUGAGAUUCGAUCCGUUAGAACGUUGGAAGGGUGCUCCUGUUCUUCGCUUCGGCUUCGGCGGCGCCAUUGUCAGCACUUUCCCGAAGCAUGUGCCUCGAUAUAGUGCGGGCGCCGUGAAGCCACAGAUCAAGCCCACUGUUGGGGAUGUCUCGGUGCGGGAAAGCAAGAGCGUUCUUCCGGGGUCUCCUCAUGUCGCCAGCUUUCCAGGACCGUUGAAGACCAAGUCGAGGAAGAAAGAACUUCUCGUCUGGUUGAGUGGUUACAUUACUGAACUUGAGUCGCAUGCCUCAUUGAUCCUGCCAGCGCAGUCGCUUCCUGAUCCUCGAAAGCGGCAUGAGGAAAAGAUCAUGCUGUGGAAAAUUAUCAAGUCUAUGGUGGAACAUGACGGUGCUCUUGAUAGCGGAGAAGCCCUGAAAGCAGUGAAUGUGGUCCUGGCGCCUGAGAUCCAUGCCGUUGACGAAUCCACAGCGACGCAGUAUGGUCAGGAUAUCUCGCCUUCUAUCUAUCGACCCUUGGGUACAAGUGUGAGGCCGGAAAAUGUCGAUCCUAUGGCGGUGGACACGGUCAGAAAGCACCUACUGCGUGGCAACCGUAAAGAAGCUGUCUGGCACGCCGUGGACCACCGACUAUGGUCUCACGCAUUUUUAAUUGGCUCAACGAUGCCUCGAGACACGUGGAAGCAGGUUGUGUCGGAGUUUGUCAAGCAGGAAGUCAAGACUGCUGGCACUGGUACUGAGUCGCUCUCCACACUAUAUGAGAUCUUUGGCGGAAACGCUGAAGACUGUGUCGACCAGCUCGUACCACCUUCCGCCCGCGCAGGACUGCAGCUGGUCAGUAAGAUUGACAGUGCUGGUCCGACAAAGAAUGCCCUGGAUGGCCUCGAUAAGUGGAGGGAGACUCUCAGCCUGAUCAUCAACAACCGAAGCCAUGCCGACCACCAGGCCUUGGCGAGUUUGGGCCGCCUGCUCUUGGAGUAUGGCAGAAUUGAAGCUGCUCACGUCUGUUUCUUGUUCUCACGGAGCGCUACAAACCCAACAAUAGUAGGAGGCCUUGACGAACCACAAGCGAGCAUCGUUUUGCUCGGAGCCGAUCAUCGUAAACAGCCAUUCGAUUUUGCCAGAGACCUCGAUGCCAUAUUGCUGACGGAAGUUUACGAGUUUGCUACUCUUGUGCUUACUGGCUCGACAACGGCAUUCAUGCCCUACUUGUCGACAUACAAGCUACGACAUGCCUCACUUUUGGCUGAGGAAGGGUCUAGAACAGAAGCGCAGGCGUACUGUGAUGCCUUGACGGCCACACUGCGGAACACAAAGGUAUCUUCGUACUAUGCGCCAGCUUUUCUGGGCGAACUCGAAGACUUUUCGAACCGUCUCAAGCAGGUCCCAAUACAUUCCAGUUCAUGGAUGGGCAAGCCGAACCUGGAGAAGGUCUCCGGAUCGAUUCUAUCGAAACUCAGCAACUUCGUUGCGGGCGAGGACAGCGAUGCGGAAUCCAAGGGCUCGGGCAGGGAAGCCGGCGAGGCUGGACCAUUCGCCCAUGUGGCGGGCACACCAUCACUCAGCCGUACCACGUCCCAGUCUGACAUUCAAUACGGUUACGCAACGUCGGCCCCGCAGUCUAUACCUACGACCAUGGCAGGAUCCCGAUAUGCACCGAAUGGCUUGAGCUCAGCAAGGUCGUCUUCAGAGCUUACACGCGGCAGACCCUCGCUGGAUUCGCAGCGGUCUCCGCCGUCUUCGUCGUACGCUCCUAACGGCCGCCCGUCACCAUACGAUCCCAUCAAUAUGAUGCAGUCGGCGACUCACUCCGCUCCAGUCAAUCCGUUUCAGUCGAUGUCAUCGCCUCCAUUGAAUCGCUAUCAAGCAACGCCACCACACAGUUCGUAUGCGCCCAAUGCGACGUCGAGCUUUUCUCCGCAAAAGGACGCGGCUUCAGGUCAGAAUCCCGAUGCUCCGGCAUCUCCCCCGGCAUUGGAACCGUAUAUGCCCACGCCACCGGCGGAGCCAAUCCACGUCCAAUCAGAUGAGCCAUCACUUGACCUGCACUCGCACUCUUAUCAGCCAUUGCCUCGUUCACAAGACUCUAUGCCUACGAUCAGUGAGCAGGCAAACUUUGGCGGGUAUGCGCCGCCGGAGCCAACAGAUGCAUUUGCUCCUAAUCAGUCGGAGCCAGCCACUGUCGCUGAACCAGAUACUGGGUACGCUCCAGCCGGUCAGUCUUACGGCUAUGCGCCUCCAGAAAACACUGGCUAUGUGCCCUAUACCCCGGAUCCUGACUCGCCAGCAGAACAGUCAAAGCCAAGAAAAAUGCAAUUCGGUGAAGAUGACGACAACCUCGGCUCAGGCUCGAAAUCGACUGCCCCAGCCGAUGAUGCUGCCGCUCGCAAAGCAGCCAACGACGCCGCGGCAGAUGCAGCUUUCCGCGCAGCUGCUGAAGCUGAUGCUGCUCAGCAGAAAGAGAAGACCGUAAAAGCGAAAUCAUCAGGCUGGUUUGGCGGUUGGCUUGGAGGUGCCAAGAAAUCCGAAUCGCUUGAUGCAGGGUCGAGCUCGAAGAGCGGCAAGGAGUCGACCGUGUACCGCGCGAAAUUGGGCGAAUCCAAGAUGAAGCUCUACUACGAUAAAGAUCUAAAGAAGUGGGUCAACCCCGACAAUCCUGAUGCAGGGAAGUCGACGCCAACGCCCCCACCCCCAAGAGCUGCCAGUGGCACACCUGGACCACCCAUGGCGGGUGGCAUGGCUCCCCCUCCCCCUCGCAGCAUUUCUGCCGCCCCUCCCAUGGCCUCACCUGGCAUCAUGACCCCGGGCAGCGGGCCACCCAGUCGCGCAGCCACCCCUGCGAGUGGCAGCAGCGCGCCUGGAAUAUCAGCAACUUUGCCUCCGAACGUAAACGCUUCGCUGAGUGAAGGUGCUACAGGAGGAUUUGGGCUCCCAUCAGGUCCACCCAGUAGACCCGGCACGGCCAUGAGCAAUGCCAGCAGCAUUGAUGAUCUGCUGGGCGGUGGGCCGCCAAUGGGGGGAAAGAGGGGCGCGAAGGGCGCAAAGGCCAAGAAGGGCCGGUAUGUGGAUGUCAUGGCGAAGUGA